UCGUGCAAAGCUCUUUAGUAGUCUUACCCUCGUGUGUCCGGGACUGUGAGAAUCAGUCGUGUGUGUUUGCGUGUACCUGAGUGACUCGUGUGAGUGGACAGUCUCGACGCUGUGUUCAGCUGAGCAGCCCUUGCUGCAUUACAUCCCUGAUUGCCCGGGCUGAUGCUCGUGUGGACUUAACUUUCCUUCAGCGGGGCAGAAGAAAGCAAUUGGAAACCGAGGAGAACAUUAAGGAUUACUAGAGACUCUAAAAGAAUAGUGGUCAAGAUGUUGGUCACCAUGCUGACAGCGAUGUACAUGAUGGUCAGAGUUGUAGAAUCGAUAGCAGUAAGAUUUGCACGACAACAGGAGCCUCUGCCUUAUAUGGUGUCUCAGCCUUUGCCUUGGCAGGUGCAUUCUGUGUCGCACAGUCGGAGGAGCAGCAAAGCUGACGAGUUUGAUGGCCUCAGAAGGAACAGCAUAGGCGUGUAUAGAAAGAAGUAUGUCUACAUGGCUAUUACCUCAGCCUCUCUGGCUAUACCAUGUGUCCUGUCGUGCUCAGACUCCAAUGCCAGCAAUGGGACAUGCACCGCGCACGCCGCGCCCCCGCUCAGCCCCGUUGAAGUCGAGAAGGCCGCCUCCACCAUCCAGAGCCACUUCAGGAAGUUCCAAGAAAAGAAACAGAAGAACGGCAAGUAGACGGACAAAGAGGGACGGUGGUGAUACAGGUGCAGCGAGUCUGACAGACAGCAGGAAGCAGGUGGAUCCACCAAAGGCUACAUGAACUCUGUGCUGACAUACAAACGCACCUGUACACUCAUACGCAACUGUACAUAAAUUCAAAGUUAGUAGCACUCACAGGGUCAGUGCCGCAUAAUAUGAAAAUACCAUACAGCAAUAGCCUACAUCUCAAACACUGCUUGUAUUGCCCUAUUUAAACUUUCAUGUGGUUGUAUUGUUCAUCUCCAGUUAAUAGUUUUGAUGUGUUUGCUGUGAUGGCUGACUGUGUGCGACGGAGUGUGUGCUGUAAUGUUUAAAUGACCAUUAUUUUAAGUAUAUAAACAUGGAAAACAAACAAUAAAAUCCUGUCUCAACUUU